GGCGCCCAACGCGUUACCUCUUCUUCACUCUACCUGAACUAGAAAUGAACCUUCAGGGAUCUCCCGCAAAUCAUGGACUUAAUGAGAUCGACUCUCAGAUCCAGGCCUCUGCUCUUAAAGCUGCAAGAAACUCCAUGUUACUACCAUCCGACAUUCAUUUUCACCGAACAAUGGAUGCCGAAUUCUCUAAGGAUCUUGAUAUCUUCUCCUCCAGGAUUCUCUCUGUUGCCAAUCAAGUUCUAGCUCUUAUGGGGACGGCUGAUAUAUCAACCAAAGGUCAAAGUAAAUUGGAGACUGAAGAUGAUGUCGUCGACAAUUUCCACUCUAUUGUUGUGGACACCAUGGACAGGAUGAUGGAAAAAACAGAUAUGAGCUUAGAUGAACACCUUGGCCGAAAUAAAGCCCCGGCCAUAGCCAUCAACGCGAAUUCGAAUGCGACCGUCGUUAAAAGUAAACCAUCAACUAGGAAGCCGAAGGGUGCUCUGGAUCCAGCAAUCCAACAUGCUUCUCAGCUGCCCAAACCACAGCUAAAUUUCAAGAGACAUGUACUCAACAACGAUGUUCCUUGGUAUCCUACUCUUUCACACAAAUACAACGCUCAGGUUCCCCUUGGUUACAACUUCUAUGAACCUGAUUCACAGCUGGAAACGAAUAGUCUUAUCAAACUUCACCCUUACCGUUAUGAAAUUAGUCACAUAUCUUACCCUCCUCGAACGUUCCAAUCAUCUCAGCCCAUACCUCCAACGCCGUUCGAGUCCACUACGUUCAGUUGGGUAUCGAAUGUCACUGCACUCGAAAGUAUGUUGGAGAGCCUUCGCAAGGCAACUGAAAUUGCUGUAGAUCUAGAGCAUCAUAGCUAUAGAUCUUAUUUCGGAUUUCUGUGUCUCAUGCAGAUCAGUACACGGCAGCAGGAUUGGAUAGUGGACCUCUUAGUGUUGAGGGAAGAGGUAGGAGUACUCAAUGAAGUUUUCACAGACCCAAAAAUUACUAAAGUUCUUCACGGCGCUGAAAGUGACAUUGUUUGGCUUCAACAAGAUUUCAAUUUAUAUAUAGUAAAUCUAUUCGAUACGUUUCAUGCUUCAAAAUUACUGGGCUUCCCGCGUCAUGGUCUGGCAAAUUUGUUGGAGAUGUAUUGCGACUUUUCUCCCGAUAAACGAUAUCAGUUAGCAGAUUGGCGCAUUAGGCCGUUGCCUCUGGAGAUGUUGGACUACGCUCGCUCGGACACGCAUUUCCUGCUUUACAUUUAUGACAAUUUACGAAAUGCUCUUCUGGAUAGAGCUGUGUCACCGAGUGAAGAUAACUUGGAAAUAGAAGGAACUAGCUAUCCUCAAGCUCAGGCCUUGUUACGACAAGUGCUCGCCAAGUCUGAGGUUACUGCCUCGCGUGUCUACGAAAAAGAAUGUUAUGACAUGGAACGGGGUGGCGGUGGAAAUGGAUGGGAUACGCUGGCGAAGAAAUGGAACAAAAUUCAUCUAUACGUGAACUCACCGUCAAGCAAGCAGAAAGAUAUCUACAGAAGUAUACAUAUGUGGCGCGAUGAAGUAGCUCGAGAAGAGGAUGAAAGUGUUAGAUAUAUCCUUCCCAACCAUUAUCUUAUCCAACUAGCUGAGCACCCGCCGGCUGACAUGGCGGCAAUGUUGAAGAUCUUCCACUUUGUACCUCCUGUAUUGAAGAGGAGAGCAAAGGAGUUAUUGAAUAUUAUCCGAGAGGUCAUUGAAAGAUAUGAUACCUCUGGUGAAGCAAAGUCUUUACAAGAUGUAGUCGUCCUAGAAGCACCUCCGGAUGCGAUGGUAGUUGAGCAACAAUCUUCACCGAUCCCAACAGAAAGUCUGUGGACAUUGGGUCCAUCUAUCACCCAUCUUUACGCGUCCUCCACGUUAUUUCCUUCGGCGAAACCAAAAGCCCUUAUGCAGUUGGCAAAUGGAAACAAUAGCGUCAUUUCCACUGCCCAAAGUGCUUUGUUUGGGCAGGCGCUCUCACCUAGCAAUACCGAGACGACAACCGCAUUACCUAUUAACCGGUUCGCUGAGGUCAUAACACGGAUACACAGCACUCUAGUCAUUGCACCGAGUGUACUGAAAGUAAUUGAAAGUUCUUCGGCAUCCAGUCAAUAUCGGCUAAUCCACUUCAUCAAGGCAUCUAGUGUCUUAGUUAAACAUGAAACGAAAAAAACGACUCCGGCACAUGAGCUCAAUUUGGAACAAUCUAUCUCUCUGGAUGCUGAAGACGAGGGAUCCUUACGUUCUACUGUUCAAGCGGAAAUCCCUUUCAUUCCUUCUGCACAACGAACGAACAACGCAAAUACAACUGUCCUCGUCGAAGAUACUAUCGUAGUAGUGGGCCAAGCGAGGCAAAAGAAACGGAAGCGUGUCAAGAUUAUUCCCAAUCCCGGCGAGAAUAACCCGAAAGGGGGCGGGGGCGACACGGUACCGUUCGAUUUCGCUUCUGCUCCAAAUAUCCUGGAUGCUGCUCCUUCCACUGAACAAUCAUCAAUUCCGCGGAAGAAGGUAAAACAGGCAAAGGGUCGCAGCUCGCUCUAUGGCGAAUUUCCUGCCCCUCCUAGGGCAUACAGCGAGGUCAAAAGUGGAAACAAAUCCCACACCUUCAAAUAAGACCCUUCUAGACGAAUGAAUAUACGUACAGUAGUAACAUGUAAGUAGGUCGUCUGAGAAGCGUUUCAUUUGAUUAAAACCAAUAGUUAGCCUGAUACCAGCCUGCUACCUCGCCUUACCUUGCGC